UGUGAUUUUAAAACAAUUGUUCGUCUCCAACCAAUAACAAGAACGUAAAAACAUACGUCUUCAGAAGAUGAACUUUCUCAUCGUUAUAUGUUUCCUCAUCCAGCUUGCAGCUUUCUCCAGUAGUUGCAACAUUACCUAUGGAAGAUAUUGUUACUUUAUAAGCGUGGAGGGAGCCAGGUGGCUGGAAGCAAAAAAAUCGUGUACGGAUCGAAAUUACAACUUUGUCAAAUUUACCACAUUUGAAGAACUGGCUCAAUUUACCAUUCAAGCAAGAACAUACGCGCCAAUGCAAGGGAAAGAUUUCUUCUGGGCAGGUGUAAGUACCUUUUAUUCCAAUGGGCCCGAUCUCCGGCAGGCGAACGAUAGCACUGCUGAUGCCGCCAUUACAGAAAGUCCCACAGCUAAAAUAAACGACUCGUGUACAAUGGUGGAUAAAAGGAAUGCCAAAGUUACAGGAUCCGACUGUCUCCUCAAGCUACCGUAUGUGUGUCAGAUGAAAGUAAUCAAUGUUGGGGAUUGUUUCAAUGGAUGGUUCAGUCACCAAUGUCAGUAUAGGGAUUUGAUAACAGCAGUAAAAACGAUAGAACCUCCUGACUUCCUUUAUACAAACAAUCGCAACUGCACGCCAAGAGACACGUUAGAAGUAACAUUUAAAAGAAUGAUUUACUUCAAAUCAUUGCAACUAUUCUUUAAGAAAAAAGAGAAGCUCCACAACACGACAUUGGUGUUUACAUUGUCAGACGGAACAAAAACAGACUGCGAAGAUAGUUUAACAUAUUGGGUGGAUAGCCUCACUUUGGAAGUUCAAUGUACGAUACAUAUGUUUAUAAUCCACGUGAAAGUCAAUUUAUAUUUUAAAGCAUCAAUUUGCAAUGUAGCAUUCAACGGAGGAAGAAAUGUAAUCUCUGAAGGGGACGUCAGAUUUUUUGCUGAUGGGGAAAAACAGACGAUGGAAAACAAGGAAGUGCAAAAGACAUAUGAUAAAGACUUAACGAACUGUCUGUUCAUUCAACAACCUGGCGUGGCAUUCACGUGGGUGACGACUUAUUCAGACUUGAUAUUCAUUCAUGAAAUUGUUAUUUACACUAAUGAAUUUUUCAAGACACAAUUUCUCCUUGAACUUUGGGACUUUGACGAAGAAGCCCUCUUUAACUACACGUCCAAUGGGACAGAGGCUAUUCACACUAUCAUCUUCGAUGGAGAGUAUGAGGUUAAAACAAUUAUGAUAACAAGUGUAGGAAACCUGUCGCUUUGUGAAAUUCAAGUCUUUGGUGAAUGUCCUAAGGGAAUGUACGGGACUUCUUGUAAGCAACACUGCCUCAUCAUGUGUUUAAAUCAUGACUGUCAAUUUACUGGGGCCUGCAAAUUGUGUGAACCACACAGACAAGGGCUGCAUUGUAUGGAAUUCUUAGAAAAUCCGAACCAUAGGAUAACGAGUACAGAGCGAAUAGUGAAACCAGAAUCUAAAUCCGAAGUUGGACACUCGGCGCCACAUAUGACAACCUUACUAUUUGUUCUAUUAAUCAUACCGCUUUUAAUAUUACUAGCUAUUUGCAAAAGAUCUAGACGAUCAAAUCAAGUCUACGAAUAAGAAAAGAGGAUAU